AUCUAGUUUUGGGAUAAAGUAACCGCUGUGGUCGUUAUGGCUCAUAAGCAGAGAGCUUACAGUCCCUGAAACAGUGGGUAUCAAUGAAGGCUUUGAGUCCCAUAAACACCUCAAAUCCAUGUCUUCCCAAAACCCAUUUCCCCAAAGUCCCUAUCUUUCACUUCUUCAAAUUCAAGCCAUUCUCAUACAACACCCAUGUUGCAAAGAGAGUUCACACUCUUCCAUUCAGCAUAAACUGCAAGCUGAAAACUUCUCAAGAUAUCAAAAACAAUGGGAAGAAGGGCGUGUCACAGAAAAUUGUCUUAUCAGAAGCGUCACCUCCACCACUCACAGAGGAUGCUGACAUCAAUGGUGAUGUUCCAGCAACCUCAAAGAAGAAUGGAGGCCCUUUUGGAUUGGCCAAGAUGUUGAGUAGGAAGAUGUUGCAGAUUCUCUCUAAUUUGCCUUUGGCUAUUGGGGAGAUGUUCGCCGUUGCUACUUUGAUGGCUUUGGGCACAAUUAUUGAUCAAGGUGAGGCCCCUGACUUUUAUUUCCAGAAAUACCCUGAAGAUCAUCCCAUGUUUGGAUUUUUUACUUCGAGAUGGAUUCUCGCCCUUGGUUUUGAUCACAUGUUUUCAUCCCCUAUAUUUCUUGGAGUCUUGGCUCUCCUGGGUGCAUCCCUUAUGGCCUGCACUUACACAACUCAAAUUCCCCUCAUCAAGGUUUCAAGAAGAUGGUCAUUUUUGAACUCUUCUGAGGCUAUACGUAAGCAAGAAUUUUCAGAAUCGUUGCCAAGAGCAUCAGUCCAAGAUGUUGGUACUUUAUUGAUGGGAGCUGGAUAUGAGGUAUUCUUAAAAGGACCAUCCUUAUACGCUUUUAGAGGGCUAGCAGGUCGGUUGGCCCCUGUUGGAGUCCAUAUAGCCCUGCUGCUGAUAAUGGCUGGAGGAACUCUCAGUGCUGCUGGGAGCUUCAGAGGUUCAGCCACUGUGCCCCAGGGGCUAAAUUUUGUUGUAGGUGAUGUUCUGGGUCCUACUGGCUUUCUCUCCUCUCCAACUGAGGCUUUUAAUACAGAGAUUCAUGUUAACAGAUUCUACAUGGAUUAUUAUGAAAGUGGAGAGGUUUCACAGUUCCACACCGAUCUUUCCCUUUUUAACAUGGAUGGGAAGGAAGUGAUGAGGAAAACAAUCAGUGUAAAUGAUCCUUUAAGAUAUGGUGGUAUCACCAUAUACCAGACAGAUUGGAGUAUUUCGGCUUUGCAAAUUCUGAAGGACAAUGAAGGACCAUAUAACUUGGCUAUGGCACCUCUGAAGAUCAACGGAGAUAAGAAACUUUUUGGUACUUUCCUACCGGUUGGAGAUAUUAACUCUCCUGAUGUUAAGGGAAUAUCUAUGCUUGCUCGCGAUCUGCAGUCAAUUGUCCUUUAUGAUAAGGAAGGAAAAUUUGCAGGAGUUAGACGGCCUAAUUCAAAGCUACCAAUCAAUAUUGAUGGCACAGAAAUUGUCAUUGUUGAUGCAAUAGGAAGUAGUGGCAUGGACUUGAAGACUGACCCAGGUGUGCCAGUUGUGUAUGCUGGAUUUGGUGCUCUAAUGAUCACUACUUGCAUCAGCUAUUUGUCUCAUUCACAGAUAUGGGCUUUACAAGAUGGAACAACAGUCAUCAUUGGAGGGAAGACGAAUAGAGCAAAGAUGGAGUUUCCAGAGGAGAUGAAUCGCAUACUUGAUAAGGUCCCUGAAAUAGUUGAAUCAUCACUAUCUAAGCAAGCUGAUAGCAUUAGUGGUUAGCUUUUGGCUUUCGAGACAUUAAGAUGGGAAAAGAAGACUCUUAAAUUUGAUGAUAUUAUAUGGAUUAUACAAAAACGAUAAAGUAUGAACAUCCAUGAGGUGCCCAGCAUAUGUCCUGUUGGUUGAUCAGCCAAGGAUUUUACAAAUGCUCGAAAGAUGCCUUCGAGGUGUAUAUCAAGAAAACAUUUGCAGCUUAUGUUAGAUUAGAUUAUCAGCAUAUACUGAGUUCAAUAUACAUGUGUAUUUCCUGUAUUUUUCUUUCUGAUUAUAGGACCAAUUUUUUUAUCAAAGCUCUCCUGUCUGUGUUAAUUUGGACCCUCAUUUAAGUAAUUGAAAAGUGAAUCCUCAAUUUGAAUUUGAUACGUCCACAAUGUACAGGUUGCUAUUGCAACUGAAUUAAGAAGAACCACUUGCCUUGACUUUUUUACUGUAUUAAUUCAACAAUACAUGAGGCAGCUAUAAGAACUCUUGAACUU